GGUCCGUCAUGCGUUCGUCGUCGGUCAGCACCGGCCGUCGGCCGCCCGCGGCUAUCGUCCGGCUCGUGGUGCACGCAGCGCUCGGAUGGAUGUACUAUCAUACUAUGUGGAUGGCCAAGUUCGUUGACUGGGAUUCAAUCGAUUUCCCGACCGUCACUGAAGUGGGCAAAUUCAUGGUCUACAUGCUCACCCUGUGGACGUUGGUGAGUACCACCGUCGCAGACUCUCCCUCCAAUAAUAAUAGUUUCUAUUUGUUUUCGAGUUUAUAAAAACAUUUCUCCACACCCGCCUUCUUCAAACGAUUGAAGUGCAAAAAAAAAAAAAAGUAAUAAAAAUAAAUAAGUAAAUCACUGAGAUUUUGUGGUACUAAUAAUUGUUACUCUGUGGUCCAUCUUCAGUAUAAUUUUAAAAUAAGUUUUAAAAAAUAAUCUGCAAUUACGUUCAAAUCCUGAACUCACGAUAACUUAAAAAACGAUUGCGAGUGGAGAACGGUUAACAAUUUUUUAUUUUGGUUAAAAUUUAUAUUGAAAAUUGAAAUUAAAUUUUGAACAUUAAUGAACAUUAUAUUUUUAACUAUGAAAUAAUUUAUAUUUGUUUUUAAAAACUUAUUCAAUAUUUUUACUCGAUAAAUAAAUAAUAAGUAUCAAGAAGAGUUCUUGCUGUAGAUGUAUGUGUUACUGUUAAAGGUGGUCAAUUUUGAAGAUAGGAUACAUAAAUUAUUUCUGUACACAAUGAUAAAUCAUUGUUGAUGAAAUAAAAUUCUGAGCGAAGUUCGGUUGAAAUACGAUUUUUACGAUUUCGAUAACAUUUUUUAUUUAAAAUCCUGAUAAAAGAAAUGAAUACAACACACUAAAUUUUAUUUUUUUAAAACACCAAAUUCAACUUACAAUGAACCCUGUAUUAAACUUCCAAACAUUUUGGCUCGGCCAAAAAUUAUCUUCACGAAAAUCAAAAAAUGACUUGAUUUUUACGAUUUAAAUUAAAAUUUGAACUCAAAACACGCGUGUAUUAUAAAUAAAAAAAUUAUUUUAUAUGCUCAACAUUUAUUUUUAACCACUGUGUACAUUGUACAACUUAUGAUGUUCCCCAUGUAAUAUAUUUAAAUAUUUUUGUUUGUUCAAAGCAAUUUUAUCCACAUAAAACUAAAAACUAUAAUCUCGAUAAUGUUAAAUGCUCAAAAUAUUAAGAAGCCAAAAUUUUACCACGUCUAAAAACAGCUAAUAUAAGUAUUCUGUGAAAAUGUCAGGGCCUUACGAUUUUUUGAAAGUAAAUUACAACAAUAAAACAAAAUUAAAAAUAAUGAAACUGUUAUUUCCACUAACUAUUUUUUUUGUGCGGUUUUUUCUCAGUAUUAGGAAAACUGCAAUCAAUGAAUUACUUGCGUUCCAGCUAGAUAAAAUUCAAGAAAAUAUACUGCUUUUGAAUUUUCAGAGCAAAAUUUGUAUUAGAAAAAUAAAAUCGAAAAAUUCAAAAAUAAUUUUUAUUACCGUAAUUUUUUUUUUCAAUUUUUUAGUUAUUGUAAAAACUACCACUUGGAAAAUAAUAAAUUACCCCCUUAACGCAUCAACUAAAUUCAAAAUUUUACGAAAAUGCUUUUUUUAAUCAUUUUUUGAUUAGAGUAAUAUUUUUGGUAGAAAAGAUGUCCACAGGCAAAAAAAAUUACUGCAAAUCAUAAUAAAACCAAUCUCAUUGCGCUUAUAAUCUAAAAACUUAAGUCUGUUUUUCGGAACAUUAGGAACGAUAGACAAGUGUUGAAAACUUUACAAAGAAUGAAACUUUUGUUUAUACUGGAAUCUAAAUAAAAUUUGUUUUUUAUAAAUAUAACAUUUAAACUAGUGUUCACCGAAAAUCAAUAAUAACAUUUAUUGCCUAUAUACAUAGUAGUCUAUUCAUUUCCUGAAUCAAAUUUAUUGUAAGUACGCGUACGGUUCCUGAGUUUUUCCUAAAUAUUAUUAAUUAAUUUUACCCAAAUAUGGUUUUAUCCCGAAUAACGUAUUUAAAGCAGUAAAAAUAAAAAAUGUUUUUAGUAUAGAUAACUUAUUAUUAUUUAGUAAACACAAAUUUUAAAGUUUCAAAAACAGAUUAAAAUUACACAAGUUUCAAAUAUUUUAAAUUACAAAAAGGUGACAAGACUAUAUUAUGCACUAUAUUCUGCACGAAAUUCAAUGCAUUGAAAAUUGUGUAAUUAUCAGUAAUAGGCCUUAAUCGCCUUUGAAAGUCUAACCAUUUUCUUUUUUUCUGAUCUCUGACUUUUUGUCCAAACCUUAACUCUGUGAAUAUUAUUUCCACUUCAGAUUGUUCCUUUUGAAACUCUUUGAGAGUAUAAUAUAGAUCUAGAUGAUGUCCAAUAAUGAGUGAAAACGAUUAUACUACUGUUUGAACACAUUCGUUUUGAGAGAGACAAAUAUGCUUGGUAUUACUUAUAAUAGUUCACAUCAAAACAAACGUGGUAAUGGUGGCCUAGUAUUAAACGUGAUAUCCAAAUAAACAUCCGAAACUGACUUAAAUAUUUGUUCUUCAUUCAUUUUUCCCCAUAUUCGGGAAAUACACCAUUCCAGCAAAAGAGUUCGGGAAAUGUGGUUUCGGGGAAAAUACUAUUUAGGAAGUAUUUCAUUCAGGGAAAAUGACAUUUAGGAAGUUUGAUUCAGGAACAAUACAGUUAUUAGUAAGUACUAGUAGUAAUUUAGUAGUAACUAGUAAUUUUUUUUAUAUUGACUUUUAUUAUUAUUGUUUAUCCUUUUAAAAGGUAAUUGCGAUUAUAAUAAUUUAUCUUAAACCAUAAUAAUUGGUAACCUGCCGAGUGUGAUUUUCUACUUUUAUAGUACGCUUUUUAACAAAGCCUUAAAUAAUAAAUUAUAAUACAUAAUAUAAUUAAAAUCUGAUACCUACACGCGUAUUUUUUAAGGAUAUGUUAUGUUAAUUAUAAAUAAACAAACCUACAAAUCGUAGAUAUGAAAUAGUUUUUGUUUGUGUCUGUUAACAAUUGCUUUACCUGAAAUUACUCAAUUUUUUUAUUAGCAAACAUCUUUUCUAAAAGUAAUUUGUUAUUUUCUGUUUUUUUUUUUUUGUAGUUUUCAUAAUAAUUGUUUUUAAAUACCGUAGCUUGUUUCUCAAUUCUAAACCUUCUUUUUGUUAUAUACAUUUGAAAGAACGACCCUAAGCGUCAAUGAUAAGUUUAAUACGAUUUAAAAUUUUAUAUUUAACAUUAGGAGGGAUUAGUUUUUCUUUGGGGUCCUUGAUUUUUUUCCACAGCCUUGUAGUUACAUGAUAAAUCAGUUUUUAUCCGUAACGUUUUUGUCUUAUAAAUUUACUACACAUUAAAAAAUGUGUUUAAUCGUUGUUGACAAUAACCUAACCUAAGAUGGGCCGUAGAGAACUUAGGAUCACAUAUGAGUCUAUGCAUUGGUGUUUGUCUGAAUGUCACCAUCGUGCCUGGAUCUGGAAAACAGCUUUAAAAUUUCCGCUUUUAAUAUACGACCGCUACUGUCCAAUCGUUUUGUUUUAUUAAAAAUUGAGACAGAGAAAUUCUACGUCGGAAACAGAAAUUCAUUAAAAAAAGCCAUAAAAUAUUUUUAAUAACGUAAAAUUCAAAAAAAGAUAGACAUACUUCGCACGAUGAGUGGGUUACUGUAGUUGGGAAUGUAAAAGGAAAAUUUAAUGCAUAUCUGUACGCAACGAUUAACCAUAGCUAACGAAAAACGAUUCUGAGCGAAGUUCGUUUAAAAGUGUUGCUUUUUCAAUAAUAUAUAUGUCAUUUUAUGGUAAACUAAUGCCUUAUAUAUUUUCUUUAACAAUAUAUUUUUUUUAACAUUGCACUUAUUUCCCGUUUUUCUUACGUUUUUACUUGAUUUUUCCCAUUUAUUAUGAAAACAGGAAAAAUUAAAAAAUAACCUCUUUAAGUACCACCCCAGUCAACUUUUAGAAAAAGUACUAUUAUUUUAAAUCGGAGCAAAAUUUCUGGUAGAAGAGUUGUUAUAUAAAAAUAAAAAUAAAAAAAUAAUAAAAAUACUAUUGUAAAACAAAUACAUAUUACGUUUCACUCAGAAUCUAAAAAAUAGCAAGAGAUAAACAGAUCAAAUUGACUCCUUGACUACAGUAUAGUAGAGGUUUACAGUUAUAUUGCUUUUCGGCUAAAAUGAUCGUAGGAGGAGUUAAGAGAUGGGUGUUUUUUUGAUUUGAUAUGAUUUGAUCGUGGCAAAUAAUAUAACUAAAUUUAUCUAAAUGUGACAACGGUUUCGGUAGAAGUGUUAAAACUGGAAGAAUACACAGGUAAUUUUUUUUAAAGACUGAAGAAGUUUGCGCAAAUACUCGUAUAAUCGAUAAUCAUCAAAAACCUGAUUAAUCCACAGGUGUACUAUAUUAUAAUUUAUUCUAUAAAUUAAAUGUAGAGAUCAUUCGUUGUUUUAAAUUUUGAGUGGAACGAGGGAUAUAUUGGUUUUACAAUGAUGUUUAUUUAAUUUUUUUUUUUAUAAUUUUCUCAUAGUGGUACUUUAGAGAGAUCAUUUUUUGAAAUUCUUAUUAAUAUUCUAGAUAAUGAGGAAAAUUUUGGUUUUUAGGUUAAAAAAGAUUGAAAAAUUAAACAUAAGGUUGUUAUUGGCAACCGUUAUUAUUUAUUUUUUGUUAUAAAGUUUUAAUUAUUUACAUUUUUUUAACAAUCAUUGUUGUUAUGGAAACGCACAUUGUUUUAAUCAUUUUACCUUAAUAUGACUUAAUGCCAUAUAAUGUAUUAUUGAAAAAGCAACAUUAUCAAUUGAACUCGGCUCAGAACUGUACUUUCGUUAGUAAUGGUUUAUAGUAGCUUACAGAUAUACAUUAAAUUCUCGUCUGUAAUCUACCUUCCCAACUUUAAGCGAAGUAUGUUCGUCCUUUAUUCAUUUGGAUUCAAUACACAAUCAAAUAUUGUACUCGGAGUACAAGUACUUACACCUAUAUUCUCGAAAUACACAUUUUACAUUUAUAAAGAUUGACGUACCUCAUUAUGCAUAUACAAUUAAAAAAAUCUGAUCGCUGAGAAUUGAUAACCUUUUUCGAAGAUUUAUAUAUCGCAACACGGUCUGCUUCUGUUUUCUAAUUUCCGAAUAUUGACAUUGAUUUAUAAAUAAUUAUACGUUAACCCGUUUUUUUACAUUAUUUCAUUUUGCGAUAAGAAUAUAUUCAUUUAUAUUUAUUACGUACACACAACGUCCUUUAUCUAUUUAAGAAAACGUGUACAUUAGCGAGUUUACAUGAUCCAAAUUAUCAAUAUUUAUGUCUGAAUGUAAAAUUAAUUUCGAUUCUGUGUACAAAGUAUUUUUUUUGAUUUUGUACGAUCCAAAAAUUAUUAUCUAUUACGAAGAUUUUGAGUUUAAAUGAUUUUGGUUUUUUUUUUGUCAUUAUUUUAGAACCAUUGAACGAUUUUAUUAACAAUAUUUUUAAAAUGUUACCCUUAUUCCGUACACAAUAAACACAUACAAGACUUGAUUUUAAAAUAGAAAUUCCCGUAUUCAAACUAUAUUCGAAAAGAAAAUAUUUUUCUAAAAACUUUAAAAAAUAUGCAUAAUAUUGGAUAUACCAAUACCAUUCAUGAGUUAUAUUUGAAUUUAUAUAUAUAGGUAAAACUAGGAGUUUUCGUUAGGAAUGUCCGCAUAAUCCAUCCCCUCCCCCUGUAACCUUUUUUUGAAUAUACCAUUGGUGUUUUACGAUCAAAACACGCACAUUACAAUAUAUACCUAACCUGACUUAUAAUCAUUGAUACUUAUUAUACAUUGAUUAUAAAUGCAAUUACAGUCAAAUUUUAAAGCAUAAUUAUUUUUGUAUAUACUUAAAAAUAUGUAUAAUAUAUAUAUAUAUAAUUUUUUUUUUUAAUAGAUACAAUUAAAAAGAUUUAAAUUGAUUCAAUAUUAUUAAUAAAUAAAAUAUAAUACUACACUUAAAUAAAAGAUUACAAUCAAAAUAAAUAAACAUUUUACUGGAAUCAGUUAAUUAAAAAUUUCAUAUUACAAAAUUAAAUAGUAUUUUUUCUGCGUGAACCGUCUUAUAAUUUAUAAUAACGUCAUCAGUGGUAAUUAUAAUUUUACGGUAAAUAUUUAAAGCUACUGAUCCAAUGAUUCCAUACUCUGAUAUUGAAUUUUUGAGGUAUAUUUUGAGUCUUUUAAAAGUUAAAUAUGAUCUUUCAGCUUUGCAAGAUGUUACGAGUAACAUUUAAAGAAUAGUUUGUACAUUUUGGGAUAUAGAUCAUGAUUACAACUAUACCUACUGAUUAUAUCAAAAUCAGUAAUUAUUAUGAAAUUAGUUUUCACUCUCAAGAGUACCUAAGCUAACCUAACCUAACCUGUAAUAAUUAUUAUUUGUUAAUAAUACUUAUGGUAUUAGUAUAGACUAGCCAAUAAAGGUUAAAUAGUUAAAAAAUUUCAAAAAGAAAUUUUUUUUUAAAUCUCUUGCGGUUCACGAAUGCGUAAUGAAACUUACAUUUUAUAAAAUGGAAAUAUUUGUUUUUAGUACCAGAUUCGAAUAGUCCUAUUUUUUCAAUCAACUUUAACUAAUGUAAAUUUUUCUAUCUCAAAAAUUGUCCGAGAUCAGUCCAUAAAAUGUAUUAAAAAAUAUGAUUUUUUUUUAUUAUUAUUUAAGUACAUACUGUGACUUUAUAUAUGCUUAUAUAGAAUUUUAACGCACGGGGUGAAUAUCUUAAUGACACGACCAAAAUUAAUAGACUGAUGAUAUAUAAUAUUAAAUAAGUGAUAAAAAAAAAAUUAAGUAGAAAAAUAUAUAUUCAAAUUAGUUAUUUAUAUUAUAAAUAAUAGUAAAUUUAGGUAAUACGUCCAAUUUUAAUAAUAAUUAAUGUAAAUUUUUUUGGUUUAACUCAAAGUCUAAAGUUUAUGUAUACAAAGUUAGCAAUCUACAUAAAACACUUGUGAUUCAUGAAUAUUGACAGAUAAUAACUAUAGUUUGCAAUAAUGAGAGUGCGCUUAAUAAUCAUAUUUCGUAUCUAUUAUGGUCAGUGUCUAAAAUGUUCACUGAACAAUUAAUAAUUUAUUCAAGUUUAUGUUCAAUGUUAGAGUCAAAGUCAAAGUAAAAAAAAAAAAGACAAAAAACAAAGGUACACCAGAUUCAUAUUCACUGUGGCGUGCGCUGCAUGGGGGAAAUUAGAGGUUAUAUCCUUCUUUCCAUUUGCUUAAAAAAAAAAAAUAAAUAAUAGUAUUUAUUUAAUAAUUUAAUCUUGAAUUUACAUAUUUCAGUUAAGUUACAAGAAAAAAGUUUGAUUAAUUGAAUAAAAGUUGAUUUUGUUGAAUCCAGCUUUUAAACAUUAUUCUCAUUGAUGAGUUAACAAAAUAAGAUUUUAUAAUUUAUUCAUGAAUCAUAGUUAUUCCUUACUGGAUACUGCAACCCCUCCUAUUGGAAAAUAAAAAUUACUGAACACAACUCUGCUUGUUCAAAUCUAUUUUAUUUCCGGUAAAAUAAUUAUUCAUUAACGGUUUUAAAAUUCAAAAAUUAGCCCGCGUUUAUUUGAUUGUUGAUUUUAUCAUAAAUACCUCCAAACUCUCGAAAUUUUUUGACGCUUACAAAAAUGUUAAAGAGAUUCGUAAAUCUGUAAAAAAAAACACGAUUUUUAUAACUAUAAUAUUAUUUGUUUUUAUAACCGAUAGAGAAUGAAAUAAAGCAGGCAUUUCAACUGUCCAGAAUUUUAUCAUAUCUCUUGAUGAAUUCAGUCCAAUUUCAGCAUUUGUAGGUAAACAGUCACAUAUAAAUAAGAAAAGAACAGAUACUGGAGACGGGUGCAGCCACUGUUGUAGAUGGGAAAUUGGGAAGGUAAGAUUCAUAAAAUAUUUAAUUUAUAUCUGUACGCAACAAUAAAUGAUUGCUAAUAAAAACGAUUCGGAGCGAAGUUCGGUAAAAAUGUUUUGAAAUACUAUAAUUUUUACGAUUUUCGUCAAAAUUUGAUCUUAAAACACUUAUAAAAAAAAAAAAAUUGCAUUAAAAUCAAUUUUGUUUUUUAAACCACUAAAACAGAUACCUAAACAAAUAGUACAUAAACACGAAAAUAUAUUAUACCUAUAAAUAGCCUAAAAAAAGUAAAAAUGUUUUGAAAAUUUGAUCACGUCUACAAAAUGGCGAUAACAAUAUUUUGUGAAAACUACAGACCUAUACAAUAAUUUUUAAACUGAAUAACAACAAAACAUCCAAAUGCCGUACACUUUGCUGUACUUCCUACAUUUUUUCCCGGUUUUCCAUAAUUUCAGAAAAUUUUACGGAAAAUCAAACGAAUUUUAUAUUCAUAAACUAGACAAAGUUUUCUCUCAGAAACGACGCUAUUCUUGAAAUUUAGACAAAAAUUUCUGGUAAAAACAUAAGCCGUACAAAUUAAAAAUAAUAAAAACGUUGUAUCGUAAUUUGAAAAAAAAAGUAAUGUUCUUUUUUUUUUCAAUUUUUUUAUUAUUAUGAAAACUACUUAUAUAUCAAAAUAAAACUCUCUUAACAAUGAAUAAUAAUUAUAAGGAAUACAAUCGAUCUCUUGUCAUUUAUCGAUUGGAACAAUAUUUCUGGUAGAAAACAUAAUUUGCGAAAAAUUAAAAAUAAUGAAAUCGGUAACGCUACAGAGUACCGUUUAAUCUAUAAUUUUUUUUCCAGAUUUUGCCAAUUAUUUUUAAAACUGCUCGGAAAAUCAAAACAUGUCCUCUCUAAUAUAUCAAUUAGACAACAUUUCUCCUUCCCUACACUCUGAAUCUGAAACAAUGUGAUAAACUGAAUCUGUAAUAAAGAGUCAAAUUGAAUUUUUUUGAAAUUAAUUAUAAAAUGUCAAGUCUAGUAGUCUUAAUAUCUUGUACUUCGAUAAUUGUUAAAAAUAAUAAAAUAAAAAGUUAUUUUAAGAUUUAUUUUAAGGAAAUUUUAUCUUUAUGGUACUCUAAGGAAAUCAUAUUUUCACUUUCUCUAGAUUUUUCCCAAUAAUUAGAAAAAACCGAGAAAAAACGGAAAAUGUACGAAAUGUAGGUACUAUUAGUAAAAAAAUAUGGCCUUUCUUUUUCUUGUGAAUACCUUUUUUUCCAGCAAUUUUGCUCCAAUAUACAAUUCUCAAAGGAUAUCUGACUGGAUUGGUACUUUAUAGGCCGGUCAUUUUUUGAUUUUCCCACCAGUUUUCCCAAUAAAUGGGUAAAACAUGAAAAAACCGAAAAAAUAUAACGGUAAAAUAAAUACAAUAUUAAAUAAAUAUUAUUAACAAAAAUAUAUAUUGCAUAUUAUGUUAUUAUUUUAUCAUAAUCGUUGCAUACAGAUAUAAAUUAAAUUUCCCUUUUAUACCUUUCCAACUUCUCACCUACAACAGUGGCUCAUCCACGUUCGAAGUAUGUCUAUAUGUUUAUUCUUUAUCCUUAUGAGUAAUAUAUAUAUAUAUAUAUAUAUAUAAAAAAUAGAAUCUGAUUAUCCUUAUCAUCUCUGGAGAUAAUACAUUAGGUAUAUCUUCGUGGAGCACCUUGUAUAAAUCGAAAUUGAAUCUUCGUCGAAAACGACUCACAAUUAUUAACACUGUUUUACGAUUUAAUGUAGCCAAAAAUUCAACCCAUAUAUUUGAUGAAAAUAUAGAAUCUAAUGCAUAUUGUACAUUUCUACUAAUUUAUAUGUGCAGGUACUCAGUUUACCGCUAUUGAUUAACAAUAAAUUAUUUUUAUACUCAUUAUAUCUGCUGUCCUAAAAAAAUAUAUAAUAUAAUAUUUUUAAAAUAGAUCUUACGUUCGUAACUCAUGUGGAAUUGAGGGCUAAUUCCCUCUUCAACCUCCUAGAAAUACGCCUUUGGAGUAGAAUAAGAUUUAAUAUGUAUCGGGCUCGAAUCUUAAAUGUGGCUCUGAUUAUGGACCGUCCGAUUCCUGAUCUACUUGAUGUACAAAUAAUAAUUAUUGUUCCAUAUGUAUUUCUGUGUACAGAUAUCGAAAUACUGUCAAACGAUACGAAAUCAAAGUUUGCGUCGAUUGCGAUGUUUCUAAGACCAAGUUAAAUAUCCAUUGUCUCACUAAUUGACAUUUAAUAAAGAAUAAUAACACGUAUAUAAGAUAUGGAGAUACAUUGAACGUUUAAGUCAAACUUGAUAGUUUAAAAAAAAUAAAUAUAUAUAUUUUAUAUGUAACAGGGAUAUUGAUUUUUGUUUUUUUUUUUGUUUUAGAACAUGCAUUUAGCAUUUUUCCUGUUAGCCGCUGUAUUGGAUUUCUUUGAGUUACUACCACAGUCCGCCAAUGUUGGUAAAUUGCUCAACAAAGUCAGAGAAAUAAAUGAUUUCUUAUUCAUGACCGUAAUGCUGCCGAUAUCAGUAGUAAAUGAUAUUUUGUUUUUUAAAUAUUAAAUUUAUCAAUAGAAACACAAUAUUUGUAAGUGGAAACCUGUACGAUUAAGUAUUAUUGCAAUUAUAGGUAGUAGAAAACAAAAUUUUAAAUGAAAUAAUUUGUAUUAUUAUUUUUAAAUUGUAGAAAAAAAAUAUUUUUUUAAAAUCAAGAGUAUAAUACGUAAACAGUAUUAUUGUAUCUUCAACUCCUAGAUUCUAGAAAGUAUUUCCAAAUGAUUGUCCUAUCAUGAAAGUAUUUUAUUUAAUUAUUUGUAUUAUUUCAUAUUUAUUAUAGUGUACAGUAUAUUAUUCAAUAAGGGUGUUCACCCCAUUUUUUUGAUUAAAUAUUGCAUAGGCAUAUUAAAAUUCUGUUUUUUAACAUUUUUAAGUGUAAUUAAUAAAUUAAAGUCGAUAUUUUCGAAUACUUAGAUUUUCCAUAACAUUUAAGAAGUAUCCUGUAGCAAUACCAAGUUUGUAUUUUCAAAUGAGAAUCUAUAUUAAAAAUUCCAUAAAUAGAUGGAAUAUUAGCUUAAAUACAUUUUUGAUUUCUGUCAACCCAUUGACGAGAUAUUUCACUUUUAAGUUUAGAUAGAGGAAGAAAUGUUAGUGGAGCAUUAAUAAACCGUAACUUUAAAAUUUUAGCCUGGGAGCAAAACUUUCAACGAGCCCUCUUCAUUCAGGCAUAUUCAGGUAUAAGAAGGUCUGAGAUGAGUGAUUUUAUUGAAAUUAUUUUAUAUACAUUUUUUUUUUUUUUCAAGCGAUUGUAAGAAGGAGAAAACACAUGUAAGUAUAACUUCUAGCAUUCUCACUCCUCUUAAUUGUCUUCUUAAGUACAAAACUAAAACUCAUAGAGUUUUUGGCGUAGUUUUUAUCGUACUCAUGAACAUUACGAUGCUGACAACAUAAUAUUCACACUAAAACAAGAAAGAUUAUAUACUAAUAAUAAAAUAUAAUUAUUUUGAAUUAUUAAUUAUUUAUAAAAUUAACAGUUUUAUAGUUAUAUUAUUAAAAGAGAAACAUUGUAUUAUUUAGGGUUUCUUAAGCAAACGGGCCUGAGUAUGACCGCACCCUCUUUUCCCUCUUAUUUAUGCUACUUAUAAAACGCCACGCCGCGCCGUGCUGCCAAACAAAUGAUAUUCCAUUGCUUUCCCCCUACCUAAAUUUAAAAUUGAAAUAUCUCGUCAAUGGGAUAACUGAAAACAAAAAUUUUAAUACUAAAAUGUAUUUAAAUUAAUAUCCCAUUUAUUUAUAGAACUUUUAAUAUAGGUUCUCAUUUGAAAAACUAAAGUUGAUAUCGCCACCGGAUACUCCUUAAAUGUCUUAAACAAAUCUGAGAAUUCAAAAUAUUGGCUUUAACUACAAUUAAAAAUUUCAAAAUCAGAAUUUAAAUACAUGCAAAAUUUAACAAAAACUGUGGGGUGAGCACGUUUUGUGAAUGAUGCUAUAUAUUAAAAAUGAAAAUGCUACCACAUCUAGAAAAUACUAAUUUAAAUACUUUGUGAAAACCGUUUCUACGAUUGACUGAAUUACAACAAAACAAUAAACAGUAACAGACAUCGUCAUUGCGUACAUUUUCCCGCCUUUUCUUCGUUUUUUUUUAUAUAAUUAUUAAGAAAUGGACAAGGAAAAUUAAAAUCAAAACAUGAUUUCCCUAGUGUACCAAUAAUUCAAUAGUAUUUGCUUUUAGUAGUUGUUACACUCAUAGACCGAAAUAAGAUUUCUGAUAUACAAUUAGUUCGUGCUUUUAAAUUUCGAUUAGUUGUGUUUUAUUUUUCUAAAUUUACAUAUUUCUUAAAAUAUGUAUGUGUUUAUUAUAGCUAUAAUUAUUAAAGUAACAAAUAUUUAAGGAAUAUAUAUAGGCAAUCAAAUAAAUAUUAAGAAAUCAGUUAAGACUCUGACGAAUAGUCCAAAUGAGGGUUAAAUUGAUUGUUAUUUACAAACCUAUUCUUACAAAAAACUCAAUUAUAACAAUUCUUAGUUAAAAAGUUUAAAUUUAAUAAGUCUACAUAUUAUUAUUAAAUAGUACAUAAAGAUAUAAUGAGUUAUUUGGUCGUCAAAAUCAUCUCGAAUAUAUACUAAUAUCUAUGCGCGUUUAGAAAAUAUUUUAUUUUAAUCAGGAUACAUUUUUAAGUUUUUUUUUGUUUUAUAAUUUUUAUAGAAUCGAUUACUUUUUCAACCAUAAUGAUUAGGUACCUACGUCAUGUUAAAUAAUCACUUGUUGCGUAUUAUAUUCUAUUGUAGAAGUGCUUUUUGUGUACCGUUUUGCAUAAUCAUCGAUGUAUUAUGAUCGUGGAAUAUUAUAAUCUGAUAACGAUUUAUACGAACAUAUUAUAUUUUAUUUUAGUUCGCGUUUCACUUUGUGAUAAUUCGAUUUUUAGAACCUGAGUAGAACGAAAGAGCCAUUAGUUUUACAAAGAUAUGUUUUUCGUUUUCAAUGAUGUAUUGUGUAAACGUUUCAUGGAGACCUAACAAAUAUAAUAAUUUUUGUUAUACAUAAUAUUUUUCUUGAAUAACAACUAAAGCCAUGCACUUUGAUUGCUCUAUUAAAUUUUUUUUUUUAAAAUCAAAAAUAAAUAAUUAUUUUUACAAAGAUUAGUAGCCAUAAAUAGCCAUUUUAUAGUUAUAGAUUUUGAAACAAAAUUUUGGUGGUCCAAAAAUUUGCUUAUAAUGAGCGUUAAUUUUCUAAAAAUUUUGAAAUUAACGAUAAUAUAAACUGGUUUUAUAAUCACUGCUAAACUAAUAUUCGUAAUCGAUUCACACAAACACAAAAACACAUAAAAUAUAUUUCUAUUAAUAAUUUGUUUAACUUCAAAAAAUUGUAGAAACUUAACGAUUCAUCAUUAAAGUAAAUCAGUAAAGUAAAGUAAUCAGUAAAAAAAAUUUAAAUUAUAAUAAUCCACGUUAAAAAAUACAUUUUGCUAAAAAUGCCUGUAAUUACAGUUCUAUGAUAUGUCUGCCAUUAUCUCAUCAUGAUUAAUACCAUAUUUAUUUUUUUACAAAUUAUAAUUUGUAUCCAUCCUUUUUCGUCUAUAUAAUAAAGUAUAUUAUAUUAUUAAAUUCGAUCAAUCAAACUAAAACUGUAGAACAUACAAACGCAGUCAACAAAUUACGACAUUUCUGUAUUGAAUUACGAUUUGUUAGAUUUCAGCUAAGGUAUAGGGUACCUAAUGAAUAAUAAUUAAUUCCAUCAACCGAUAUUUUUGUUGUAUGUUUCAGUGCGUUUGCGGAGGUUUUUGGGCUGCGUGGGUAUUGUUUAACGAUCUUAUUUACCCUACCGAAAUGAACAAUAUCGUACCAGUAUUUAUUAAUCACGUGUCGCACACGACUCCUAUUUUCGUCGUUUACAUUGAACUGAUUUUCUGUUACCAUACAUCGCCGAGGAUAAAACCGGCCAUCAUUAGUUUGGUUGUCGCCGAAACCAUUUAUUUAGCAACGUAAGUUUAUAACAGCUGACGGUACACGUGCGAUUAUGGUUUAUUUAAACAAUAUUACCAAUAAUGACUCAUAAUAAUUCUUAAAUUUGUAUUAAUAAGUAUCUAAUUUAUAGUAAAUGUAUUGUGAUUUUAUGUACUCAACGUGUCCAACUUAAACUGUAAUUCUAUUGUAUUGAUAGGUUUUUAAUAAUGAUUUUGUAUUUAAAACAUUAUGAUACUAUUGUUAUGUUGUUGUUUUAACAGGAUGAUCAAAUUGAAAAUUGAUUAUGGUAGAUGGGUUUACCUAUUGAUCGAUAUUUAUCUAGACACGAUUCCGAAGUUGGUCGUCGUGUUUUCAUUCCUUAGUUACAUUGUACCUAUUGUUUACUUGGUUAGUAAUCUCAGAUUCAAUAACUACAUUUGGGGUGAGUUUGUAGAGUUUAACUAAUGCUACAUGUACACUUAGACGUUUUACUCAGCGUACUUUUAUUUGUUUAGGUAUACAAACAAGUGAUGCCGAAAACGAGUCUCUCCGACGUAACAAAAAAAUAACGUGAAAAUGUUUUAUUGUCAAUCACAACGUAUGCUAAAUUGCGUAGGGGUAGUUUCGUAUUUGUAUAUUAUAUAUAAUAAUUAUCAGUUUUUUUUUUUAAAAUUUUUGUAUUGAAUAUUUAAUAGGUACAAGUAUUGCUCUAGUUGGUUAUAUUAUAUAUAUAAGUACAGUGGUGAAAAAAUUUGACGGUAUAGACAAACGUAUAUUUUUAAAUAUUUAAGUACCUAUUGAAAAAGAAAUUUAUAUAAAAUGUUUAUUAAAAACAGGAGCGUCAUUUCUGUUUCUCAUAAGCCCAAUAUUUUGUGGGACCAAUUCCCUCUCCCUUUCCAAAGCCAAUUAUUAUUAAAAACAAUUGUUGAAAUGUAAUGCGGCUGCACAAAAUUCCAAAAAAACUAAUAUUUAUACUUGAACGCCACGGCCAAAUGAUCAAUUAACACCUAGACUGAUAAAAAUUACCAUUUUAAUGGUUAUCGAGUGAGAAAAUUGCUUUGAUGAAUAUAUAUAUAUAUAAAUUAAUUUUAUUCUGGUUGAAAAGCAAAGAAAUUCGGGUAUACCCACCAAUACGCCAAUGAAGUACAGUCAUAGGUGCACAUAGUGUUUAAAAUUUCGGACGCUGAAGCUCAGGUCUGUACUGGAUCACCUUAUGAUGCUUUCACAUCAUAACGGAAAUCAUUAGUUUUAGGGGGAGGGGUUAAACUUCCAGCUCCUCUAUUUCCACCUAUAAAUAUAAUGUAUAUAUAAAAUGUAGAUAACUCUUGCAGGUGUGCCUAAUUAUCUCAAAUAUGAAUUUUAAAAUGAAUUUAUUGGUUAAUAAUUGUCUAUAGGUACUAUGUAACUAUAUAAUAUGUAUAGUUAUAAUUUACUUUAAAAAUCGCAUUAUACUUAUACCGUACAGUUUUCAUGAGUUACCUAUUUUAAAUGUUGAAUAUUAUUGUUUCGGUAAAAUUGUAUUUUAAAAUACAUUUUAUUAUUUUUUAUGUUUAUAGAGUGUAAAAACGCGUGUUUACCUUUUAAGAGGUUUUUCAUAUAUACGGUAAAGUUGACGUUCAAUUUAAAAUAAAAUUAUUCAUUUUGAUAUAAAUAUUUAUGUUUAUUGUUCAUUCUGGUUCUGAUUUAAAUAGCUAGGUACCCGUGUACCUAGCUAUUAUAGGGUGGUUUAUUAAUAAAUCAAAAUCUUAUAAAUCUUAUGUACACCUGAAAAAAUGAUAUUUAAUUCGCAUACCUACUAAUUGUAAUUGAAUAGAAUGAUACAUUGAUACGAACCGAAGUAAAGUAAGUUCCCAAUGAGUAAAAGAACUUGGUGUUAUUCAUCAAUUGGCCUGAAAAUUAACGGGGACUUUAUUUAAAAUAAUGGUUUAGUGAAACUGCAUUUCAUAAUUCGCAAUCGUAAUAAGAGAUAGAGUGCAUACGAACAAAUGGAUGGACAGACAGACAAAUUCAUAAAAUAGUGUUUGCUAUUUAACAAAUUUUAUUUAAACCAGUAUAAUAUGUUAUUUAUAUAUUAAAAAUACACUUGUACGUAUUAUGCAUAAGUAUUAUUGUAUUUAAAAUAAUAUUUAUUGCAGUAUAUACUUGUUUUUUUUUUUUUUUUAAUUUAGGUAAACAUCACAGAGUUACUGAGAAAAUAUUAUUCAUAACACCUAUAUAAUUUCAGCACUCAAAUGAAUACAAAAUGUCGAUUUUGAUAUC